UUCAUUCAAAGGAUAAGAGUGUCAGUCUCUUUAGUGAAAACCAAUUGUCACUCACUGAUUGAAUUAGCCUUCCUGAAUCCUGUUAUCAUCAGUAAAAGAGAAACCUCCAUCAGCGAUAAUUACAAACGUCGAACAACGUCCUGUUUGUGGAGGGCUCACCGUAAUUUCAUUGUCGACUGGGAUUCCUAGACAGUCAAUGGCUACCGCAACACCGACAGUUUCAUCCACAAAGGGGACAACCAACUACGCUCGCUUGUGUCGUCUGCUGGUUGAUGCUGGUACCCAGGCCCUUAGAGACACAUUUGAUGCCAUCCAUUCACCAGCAAAUCUUCACACAGUUUUGGCAGCCAAUAAGGCAACUUUACAGUCGCUGAGAAAGAAAAAGGUUAUGAACGCGACGCAGUGGGGAAAGCUCUUUCCUGUUAUUCCAUCCUCAGUGUCUUCAAGAGACUUUGAUAUCACGCUUUUGAUGGUUCUACUUCGAAACUUAUGCGGCUUACCUUCUCCCGCAGCAGGCUGGGAUACACUUCCUGCUGUAACAGAUGUGAGUCGUGAAGCUGAUAUCGCUCGUGUUAAGUAUUACAGGAACACUGUGUACGGUCACGCCGAGUGCGCCUCAGUUGAUGAUUCGAUGUUUAACGCAUGCUGGGGCGACAUCCGGGACACUCUAGUAAGACUUGGAGGGGUGAAGUACAAAGCAGCUAUUGACAAUCUUGCAACUGAGUGUAUGGACCCUGAAGUUGAAGAUCACUGCAAAGAACUCCUUAGCCAGUGGAAGAAAGACGAAGACAACGUUAAAGAUAAACUGGAUGAGGUAAUUGAAAAGCUAGUUGAAUUGAAAACAUUAAGCAUGACGCAAAGAGAGAAUCCCGAAAAUGAAGAGGGUGAACCGCUUGUGUCGAAAGACCAGGAGAGCUCUGCCAUGUGUAAAGAGAGACAUAACGAAACCGAGCCACUCGAUUACUAUUGUACGAACUGUUAAGUUUGCAUUUGCGACAAGUGUGGAAAAACUCGUCACACUCAUCACACCAAAGUGAGUAUACAACAGGCUACUGAGGAAGAAAAACAGAGGAUGGUGAAGAUUGUGGAACAAGUAAAAAUACAAAUUACUGAGCUUGAGACGCAAAUGGAAACAACGACAAGACUAUUUGCAAUAAGCAAAGAAAAAAUUUCUGCAGCUCGUAGUUAUGCACAGACAACUGCUGAAGAACUCAUUCGUUUUUUGAAGGAGCACGAGAAGUGCGUUGUUACCGAGUUAGACGUUAUUGAAAAAAGACAAGAAAUAGACUAUGCAACACAAUUAGAAAGCAUGCAAGCAGCAGUCAACGAAUUGAAAUGUUCUGUGAAAAAUUGUGAGGAAAUCCUACACAGAGACGUUAGCUUAGAAACUCUACAAUCACAAACAAGUGACACUAAAAAAUGUAAAAGUGUUCUGAAAGAAACAAAAAUGGACAUUUAUGAGCCCUGUCAUGUCCACUACCAAUUAUUUGAGGAGUACAUUCGAGCGAUGAAAGGCGGAACUCCUGGCGACUUACUGUAUAGCAAAACGGAUCCUUCAAGGUCAUUUGUCAGAGAUAAUGACUUAAAACAACCUGAAGCUGGACGAACGAAGGAUUUUGACCUCGUUACAAUUGACUCAGAAGGGGAACAAUGCUACCAUGAAAUCGAUGAAAUCAAAGUGACAGUUCGGAGUCCGACGGGAAUGGUUCUCGACAGCAAGACUGAUAGCUGGAUGCCACGUGGGACGUACAGAGUCAGGUACACACCAGCAUGUGAUGGAGAACAUGAGGUGACAGUUUUAGUUAAUAAUCAACCAAUUUCUGGUAGUCCGUGGAAUGUAAGCGUGACUCCGCAUAAAUAUAGUUUCUUUCAUUACUUCGGGUUACCAGAGAAAGCACGCAAACAAUUCAAAGAACCCUGCGCUGUUGCAGUAGACAAAAACAAAAUGACAAUAGCAGUAGCUGAUAGAAAGGAACAAAGGGUGCAACUGUAUGAUUUUUGUAAUUCAGGGCAUCUUUCAGAUCUCGGUGAGAAGGGACCAGCGGCUAUAAGACUAACUGACCCCACCUCGGUUGCAUUCACCCAAUCUGGUGACGUCAUUGUCAUUGCCUCUGGUACCAUGUUUUGCUUUACUGUUAGGGGUAAUUUUCUUGGAUGUAUUAACAACAGAAAACUCCAGCUUCCAUUUUCAUUGAGUGUUACCAGCGAAGGCCGCCUCGUGGUGUGCGAUACCGGUGACAACUCAGUCAAGGUCCUCUCCCCUGAUGGAACAAAACUGUUACAGUCCUUUAGUGAUCCAGACUGUGAUGACUCCCCGUGGAAAGCUGUUUUUCACCAAGAUAUGUUCUUCGUGUCUUACCCCGAAGCUCAUUGUGUUAAAACAUUUAAUAAGGACGGGGACUUUCUCUAUGAUAUUGGCAAAGAAGAUGCAGUUGAAGGACAAUUGAGUCAACCUCGUGGACUCGCUAUUGACACCUUUAACAACCUGGUGGUUUGUGACAAGAAAAAAAAGACGUUGAAUGUCUUCAAACUGGAUGGAACAUUCUUGAACACGGCCACUAAUAAUAAUAUCCUCAGCUGUCCUUCGUCUGUUGCUGCCCUCUCGACUAAUGAAUCCCCGUGGCUUAUCAUUGCUGAUUCCAAAAGCAAAUGCGUCGUGAUGUUUGAUUAAGUGACAAUCAAAUUUUUAUUUGAAUUUGUAGUGUUCUGAUUGGUUAAUUUAAUCUCGUAUCUGAUUACCUCAUGAGCUUUGAAUUUACCAUACAUGGUAAAUGAUUGCACUGUGUUUCACAAAGUUGAUCUUUCUUUCUUCCCGCGGAAAGAGAGCGUUUCCAUAGACAGUGCAAUGGCCCGCGGAGGCACUCGAUGGGCAUGGUUUAUCGUUGCUGAUCCCGGAAAAAGUGCGUCACUAUGUUUAAGUAACUAAAAUAAUCAAACUUUAA